AUGGUUCUCACAUGUCGCUUCUACAAGAACAGAUUUCCAGAAAUUGAGGAUGUAGUGAUGGUAAAUGUCCGGUCCAUUGCAGAGAUGGGAGCAUAUGUCAAACUGUUGGAGUAUAAUGACAUUGAGGGUAUGAUUCUCCUCAGUGAGCUGUCGAGGAGGCGAAUUCGUUCCAUCAACAAACUUAUCCGAGUGGGACGCAGCGAAUGUGUGGUUGUUAUAAGAGUUGACAAGGAAAAAGGAUACAUCGAUUUAUCAAAACGUCGAGUCUCACCUGAAGAAGUGGUCAAAUGCGAAGAGAAGUUUGCCAAAGCUAAAGCCGUCAACAGCAUAUUAAGACAUGUGGCUGAACUUAGAGGCUUCAAAAGUGAUGAAAAAUUGGAGGAUCUCUAUGAAAAGACUGCCUGGUACUUUGAUGCCAAGUAUGGCAAGCCUGGUGCUUCCUAUGAGGCAUUCAGACUUGCAGUUCAGAACCCCAAUGUGCUGGACGAAUGUGAUAUUGAUGAGGCUACGAAACAAUGUCUACAUGACAAUAUUUGUCGCAGGCUAACUCCCCAGUCAGUGAAAAUUAGGGCAGAUGUUGAUGUAGCUUGCACUUACUACGAAGGUGUGGAUGCAGUUAAACGAGCUCUCAAGAAAGGCCUAGAACUGUCAACAGAAUCAAUGCCAAUUAAAAUUAACCUGAUUGCUCCACCUCUGUAUGUGGUGACAACUAACACAUUAGAACGUACAGAGGGCCUGGAAAGGCUGAACAAAGCCCUGCAAGCUAUCAAAGAGGAGAUCACUGCUGCCAAGGGAGUGUUCAAUAUUCAACAAGAGGCCAGAGUGGUUUCUGACAUGGAUGAGAUUGAACUUGAAAAGCAGCUUCAGAAAUUGGAAGAGGCCAACCAGGAGAGAGCUGGGGAUGAAGAUUCUGAUGCUGACGAAGAUGGCGAGGAAGAUGGUGAGGAUGAUGACCUCACCAUUAGCAAACCAGAUGAGGAGGCAGAUGUUGAUAAUGGAGUUGAUUAG